GCCGUGCCCGCGCACAAAGAGUUGUACACAGUCAAAAUGGCGUCGGGGGCCAUUUCAGCGGAGACGAAGAAGAUUACAGAUUUACGCGUUGUAGACCUAAAAUCAGAACUCAAACGACGAAAUUUGGAUGUUACUGGGGUGAAAAAUACUCUUGUAGCAAGACUGAAACAGGCUAUAGAAUGUGAAGGUGGAGAUCCUGACAACAUCGAGAUUGCUGUGUCUGCUGACAUGCCCACAAGAAAACAUGUCAAAACUAAAGGAAAGAAGACGGACCAGGACACUGAUGCCGUCAUGGAAGAGGAACCUUUGUCUAAGGAAACAGAAGAGGAGGAAUCAGAGAAAGAUGUAACGGAUACUGAUGAUGCUACUCGUGAAAAUUCUAAAACCUUCUCGUGUGAAGAUGGCCUUGCAGAACCUGAGGCUGAGGUGGAGCCCGAUCUUGAGGUUGAGGCAGAGGUGGAAACCGAGCCUGAACCAGAGCCUGAGCCUGAACCCGAGGCUGACGCAGAGGUCGAGGCGGAGAGUGAAGCCGACCCCGAAGUCCCAGCGUUGGAGGCCAUGGAAAGCGAACCUACCCCUGAGCCUGUGAAAGAAGUUGAGGAUGACAAUAUAUCUGUCACCAUCCAGGCAGAAGAUGCCAUCACAUUGGAUGUGGAUGGCGACGACCUCCUGGAAACAGGUAAACAUGUGAAACUUCCAGAUUCUGAGGCAGAAAAGGGCUCCGAAGAAGCUGAGGUCUCUGCUGAGAUGGGGCAGGGCACAGAUUCGCUGGCUGAAGAGAUAGAUGACCACAAAGAUUGUAAGAGAGAUGAUGGACCGAAGUCUGACGCCGCUAAGAAGGACAACAGAGAGGCCUCGAAGAAAGGAGAAACAGGAGACAAGGAAAAGGAUUCUGGGAAGAAAGGCCCCUCUUCAACUGGGGCAACAGGUCAAGCAAAGAGCUCUUCAAAGGACAGAGAUGGAAAAGCCACGAAAGAUGAAAAGGGAGGCAGCAGCAGCACCAGCUCUUCUCGCAAUCUAUGGGUGAGUGGUCUGUCCUCCAACACCAAAGCAGCUGAUCUGAAGAACCUCUUUGGCAAAUAUGGGAGGGUUUUUAGUGCCAAAGUUGUCACCAACGCUCGUAGCCCAGGAGCCAAGUGUUAUGGUUUAGUCACCAUGUCAUCCAGCACGGAAGUGACCAGGUGCAUCUCUCACCUCGACCGCACAGAACUCCAUGGACAGCAGAUAUCUGUGGAUAGGGUGAAAACUGACCCUUUUAAAAAGGACUUCUCAAAGAAAGAAGGGGAAGAGAAGAACAGUUCCAGUAAAACCUCUGGAGAAAAGCGCACUCCAACUGGAACCAAAACCUCCAGCAAGGCUCAAGUUUCCUCUAAAAAGGAAGAGAAGAAACCUGACAAACCCUCUGAGAAAGACAGCAAAGAUGCCAAAAAGCCAGACUCCAAGAGCAACAAAUCUGAUGCAAUAUUUAACUCGGGAGCAGAUUCAUCUAAGAAAGACGAAAAGAAGCAUGGGCGAAAGACUCCAAGCAAGAUGAUGAUGAUUGACCAAUCUAAAAGAGAGCAACCUUUUAAUAAAGCUCGACCUCCUUUCAGAAGGGGCGGAAGGUUUGAAAAGCCGGGUCCACUCAUUAUAAUGAACAGACGGCCCAGAUGGUUCAUACCACCUGAGGAGAUGGAGAUGAAGAAGGGCAGGUUCAUGCUCAAUAAAGGUGGCAACAAGGACAUCCUUCCAUUUGAGAAAAUGAAGGAGCAGCGGAUGCGUGAGCGCAUGGUCAGAAUGGAACGUGUUCGCAGGGCCAUGGAGCUGCGCAGACGGCGUGAGGUAGCUGAGAGGGAGCGUCGGGAAAGGGAGCGAAUCCGUGUCAUGCGCGAGCGGGAGGAGAGGGAUAACCUCAUGAGAGAGCGGCAAAGACUGGAAAUGGAAAGGCAGAAACUUGAGCGUGAGCGCAUGGAGAGAGAGAGAUUGGAGCGGGAGAGGAUCCGCAUCGAGCAGGAGCGGCGCAAGGAAGCUGAGCGUUUAGCUCGUGAACGCGAGGAACUGAGACGACAGCAGGAACAGCUGCGUUAUGAACAGGAGAAACGAAACAACUUAAAGAGGGGACGUGAUGUUGACCAGAGGAGGGAUGACCCCUACUGGAAUGGCGGUAAAAAGAUGCACACCGAGCCAGAGGGAAGGAUGAGUCAGGGUUCAGACUACAACAACCGGCAGCAGAACCGCUUUAAUGACUUUCACCCCAGAGACCGGAAUCGAUACCCGUCGACAUCAACUGUGCAGUCCAACAACUUUGAUAGAAGAAACCGUUUUGACAAUGAAGCAGAUUCGAAAAAGAAUCGUCCCGCUCCACGUCGAGAAGGAUCCGGGUUUGAUCGUUAUCCUAAAAACUUUGUGCCUGUGAGGAGAGCGGAACCCCCACCUCCUCCCCGCACAGAGCUGAGGGACAGUGACCGGCGAGAGAUUCGUGACCGUGAUGAGCGCAGGCAGGUGGCCAUGCCUGAUCGAGCAGCGGGAGGCAGAGCACCACCUCCAGCUAUGGCUCACUCCAGACCUGCCAGAGAUGGCAACCAUAGCUGGAAGAGCGAUGGGGGAAUGAACUCAAAACAAGAUGUCAGAGGAGCAGUGCGGAUGCGCCCAGAUCGUCCCGGCAGAGAAGGGCCCGGUCCUGCUAUGAGAGGGGCCUCUACAGCCAACCGAGGCAGGACCAGUUUCAACAGCCGAGAUGGAGGCCGACCUGUUGUUAUGGGAGACCAGCAGCCUUUUGGCAGCGGCAGGCAGGUGGUGGUGGAAAGGCACGGGCGUGAUCCAGGUCCCAGGAAAGACUGGCACGGUGCAGGGGGAUCACAGAGUGGAGGAUUUCCCGAUAACCGCAGAAUAGGAGAGACUCGGCCGGGCAUGAUGGCACCACACUCCAACCAUUCUUCCACUGGAAUGAACAGAAUUGUGCAGAUCACUAAUGUUCCCAUGGCUGGUGGCAGUGGAGGAUUCAAACCCUUUAAAGGGCGCUUCUAACUUUCAACGAUUUUCAGCUUUGUUUUUAAUUGGCUGAACUAUAGCCUUAGGAUAAUUAUAAAGAUCCAGUUUGGUUGAUAAGUUUUCCUUUGUAAAGAACUUUUGUUAGCCUACAUGUAGGUUUUGUUUCCUGAACUGUUUUUUGGUCACCUGUAAACAACCUUUGUGCACAUACAUGUUAUCCUGAAAUAGUGUAGGUUUAACCUGUACAGCGUAUUUCUUCAUGUUUAGAUAAUGUUAAAACCGUUCCAGUCACUCUCUUGUGCUUUGAGCAGACUACAUCGCGUGUGUGGAACUGGACAUGUCUCUGAUUCCGUUAACAUUUCAAUUUGUGACUCUUUUUGAUGAUUCUACAAGUUAUUAAAUUAUAUGGAUUAUGA